AUGGAGCGUACCCAGGGUUCCGCCGUCUUACCCGGCGCUGUUCUGGGGCACACCCAGUGUGCUGCCGACAUUGCCACCGCAUGUGCCCUGGCGCUGGCCGCCCACCCCGGCGCCAACAGCGCCCCCGCCCAUGCACCUGCUGCGGUCACCACUUUCCCUACCGCUACACCGGCCACAGCCGCAUUUGCAGGGGCAGCAGCCGCCUCCUUCGCUUGCUCAGACACCGCCGCCUCCCAGGCAACACCACCCACCGCUAAAUCUCUACGGGCAGCAUCCACCUCCUGCUCUCCUUCAGACACCACCACCUCCUAUGCAGAUGCAGGUGCGCCACCCGCCGCCACAUUUGCAGGGGCAGCCGCCGCCUCCUACACUGCCUCAGACACCACCACCUCCAGGAGUGUCCUGGGGUAG